AUGGCUCUUCGAAUCGUGGUGAGGAGAAUUCUGUUCUCUUCACCGCCGUUGGCCCGGAAAUCGACCGUCUCCGGUGGCCGAUUUUCGUCAUCGUCAUCGUCAUCGUCAUCGUCUUCUUGCCCGAAGCCUGAGAAGAAAGUGACCAACGAUCGUCUCGCCUCCGUUAUUGACGCCGUCAAUGACCGUAAACUCCCGCCGGAGCUCCGAGGACAGCGCAACAACGUCAGAUCAGAAACUGACAUCAUCAACGUUGUCGAGCAACGAGUAUGGCGUGCAAUGGAAGAAGGCCAAUUUGAAAACUUGCCCGGAAAAGGAAAGCCCUUGAACCUGAACAUCAACCCCCAUGUGGACCCUGCAGACGAUACACUCUAUAGGAUUCUCAACAAAAAUGGGUUUGCCCCAGAAUGGGUCGAACUCAACAAGGAGAUACGAUAUAGAAUUUCCGAGUGGCGAAUAUCCCUCAAGAAAGCAUGGGUACAUAAAGGCGGACCUGAUGAAUCCAAGUGGCACGAGUCAUCAGAGGCGUUAAAACUCCAGUUACGCGAUCUAAAUAAUAUGGUCCUUCACUACAACCUCAUUGUUCCAUUCGGGCGCCAGAUAUUUGGAUUCAAGUGGGAGAGAGAAAUAGACAAGCUCAACGAGGAAAUUGAGAUAAAUUAA